AUGGAAACUCUAAUUAGUGAGAAAUACUUACGAUUAUUAUGCGAAUUAAUAGGAAUAGGAUCAAUUAUAAGCACAAUACUAUUCAUAAUAGCCCGGCUUAUAAUAUACUUGUGGCUCAAAUACAAAGCCAGUCAAUUUAAAUGGUGUGGUGGACCUCAUACCUGGGCAGUAAUCACCGGGUGUACUGAGGGUAUAGGCCUGGCCUACGCUAACCAACUGGCCGCUAAAGGAUACAAUCUAUUGCUUAUAAGUCGUAAUCACGAAAAACUGCAAAAAGUCAAACGCGAUAUCCAGGACCAGGUGAGGGCCGCUCGCAAAGUGCGUACACUCGCAAUCGACUUCAACGACAUAUCACAAGAAACAUACGACACGAUAGAGUCCGAGUUGAACGGGUUGGAUGAGAUCCAUGUGCUGGUCAACAAUGUGGGCACUAAUUACCCACACGAGAGACCUGAAUAUAUGACCAAGUUACCUAAUUUGAAUCACGUUAUCAUGAGCCUCAUUAAUGUCAACAUAGUCUCGUGUACCAGACUUACGGCACUGGUAUUGCCGCGUAUGGAGCGCAGGGGGCGGGGAGUCAUCAUAAAUCUCUCCUCAUUCUCGGCCCUAUACCCCGUCCCACUCCUAUCCCUAUACUCAGCCACCAAAGUAUACGUGGACUACAUGUCGCGCGCGUUGCAGGAGGAGUACCGGAGCUCCGGUAUUAUCAUACAAUCGGUGAUGCCGUUCUACGUGUCCACGCGAAUGACCUAUCAUAUGGAGCCCCGGUUUUACGCACCCACCCCUCACAUAUUUGUAAAGCAAGCUCUGAGGACAGUGGGACAGGAGGACAGGACGGGUGGCUUUUUUGUACAUAGGGUGUGGAGUUUGUUUUACUUCUGGGUCGGAGUGUUCUCUCGGUUUAUAGGUAUUGAUGUCCACAUUAAGAUGACUUAUCAUAGACUCAAACGGAUUAGGACCAGGAUAUUAGAGAAGGUGGAGGAGGAUGUGGGAAAUGGUAGUGCCGUUCCCCUCAAUGGCAGCACGGUUAUCGAUACACAUACUGAUAACAUUGUUUGUAAGACAAUCAAAGUCUCAACGGAUAAAGAGUUAGUGUCGGCGCUGUCCGACGUGUCGGCCGGCGAUACCAUAGAGUUAGCGAACGGCAAAUACCACAACAAAUUCACCGCCAAAACCAAUGGUACGGCCGAAAAACCCAUCACUUUGACGGGAAGUCGGAAGGCUGUCCUCUCUGGAGAUAGCUAUGGCUUUUGGCUUCAGGCAAACUAUUGGGUACUCAAAGGGUUUACCGUUAGUGACAGUUUAAAAGGUAUUAUGUUAGACGGGGCUAACCAUAACAUAUUAGAGGACCUGGAGGUUCACCACAUUAAGGACGAGGGCAUCCAUUUCCGGACGCAUAGCUCCGAUAAUAUACUCAGGAAAUCAUAUAUACAUACGACUGGUACGGCACGUCCAGGUUUUGGUGAAGGCGUUUACAUGGGGUCAGCGGUGGGUCACUGGGUAGACAACAAACCGGAUAAAAGCGAUAGAAAUCAAGUGCUAAACAACAAAAUAGGUCCAAAUGUUGGCGCUGAGAGCAUCGACAUCAAAGAGGGCAGUUGUUGUGGUAUAAUUAAGAAUAAUGUAUUUGACGGCACCGGUAUGUCCGGCGAGCAUUUCGCCGAUUCCUGGAUUGAUGUCAAGGGAGAGAACUAUACCAUUGAGGAUAAUGAGGGCAACCAUUCUGUACUCGACGGCAUACAAAUACAUCAACAAGCUGCUGCCGGAAUAGGAGGUUGUGCAAAUAGGAUUAUCCACGAUAAAUGUGCCGGAUUGCCACCAAAGGGAAAGUGUGUUAACGAUUUGAGUAAAUCGUGUACAAAACAUAAUAUUAUUGAGGAGUAG